CUCCCAAGUUUAUUGUCUUAAUUUCUUCUUAAUAUCAUAAUCAACUUUUUAAUCUUUUCUCUCCCACUUGCUGGCUCACUCACUGUCAAGACUCUCACAAAGCUCACUCUCUCUUUCACGGGCUUGUGAUUUCCGAUUCAGUUCAGCAAGAAAGCAGAGCAAAGAUGGGCUCUGUUUCGCUGAAAAUAGGUGAUGGAACAGCAAGAUUCAAGAGGGCUUCUCUGUGUUCCUCGGCAGUGAAUGUGCUGAUGCUUUUUUCUGUAAUCACUACCAAUCUUUUUGCUUUGUAUGCUUUCACUUACUCCCCUAAGGACCCUCUGACCAACCACUCAAUUCACCAUACUCAAAAGAACAUAUCUUUGAUAUCCGAACAAGUCUCCUUGAUCCUCAGGGAGAUUGAAUCUUCUCAAAAGAAGCUCGCCCAGAUGGAAAAGGAGCUCUUAGGUUAUGAAAGCAUCGAUCUUUCCAGACCCAAUACUGCAAAUGAGCUAAAAGCUUUCUUGCAGCACCAUUUGCUGCCUCUGGGAAAAGAUUCAAGAACUGGGAUCACUGAAAUGGUAGCUUCUGUGGGGCAUUCUUGCGAGAAAUCUGUGGAUUUGCUGUCUCAGUACAUGAAUUAUAAGGUCAGUGGACCUUGUCCUGAUGAUUGGAGUCUUGGCCAAAAGCUGAUUUUGCGGGGAUGUGAGCCAUUGCCUAGGAGGAGGUGCUUUGCUAAGACUAUUCCUAAGGUGGGUCUCCAACCUUUUCCUAUUUCACUUUGGAAAAGUGUUAGUGAAAAGGUUUACAGUUGGAGUGGUCUUACUUGCAAGAAUUUAGCUUGUUUGAAUAGCAAGAAGUUGAAUAGGGAUUGUGCUGGUUGUUUUGAUAUCGUAAAUGGUUAUGAAACUCAAAAGUAUAUUAAGGCAAGAGGCAAAAAUGAUUUCCUUAUUGAUGAUGUAUUAGCCUUGGGGAGUGGUGGUAUUAGAAUUGGAUUUGAUAUUGGUGGAGGUUCUGGGACUUUUGCUGCUAGAAUGGCUGAAAGGAACGUGACUGUAGUUACUGCCACUUUGAAUAUUGAUGCACCAUUUAAUGAAUUCAUUGCUGCAAGAGGGCUCUUUCCUGUGUUCUUGAGUUUAGAUCAUAGGUUCCCUUUCUAUGAUAAUGUGUUCGAUUUGAUUCAUGCUGCGAAUGGAUUGGAUGUUGGGGGCCGCCCUGAGAAGUUGGAGUUCUUGAUGUUUGACAUUGAUAGAAUACUGAGAGCCGGCGGAUUGCUUUGGUUGGAUAACUUUUACUGCUCUAAUGAUGACAAGAAAACAGCUUUAACUCGGAUAAUUGAACAAUUCGGCUACAAGAAGCUUAAAUGGGUAGUGGGAGAGAAGAUCAAUGGAUCAGGAAAAGCAGAAGUUUACCUCUCUGCUGUUCUUCAGAAACCAGUAAGGGUACAAUGAAUUAGGACUGGUCCCUGCAUAUUAAGAGCACAACCUGAGGCUUAUAUCUGGAUGAACUUGCAAUGUGGGUCACUAAGGUGCUUCCAGUGAACUUUUUUAUCUCACUGAUAAGCCCAGUUGUUGAAUGCUUUUGGUGGGUGUUGGCUUCUGACCGUCAAAAGAUUCUGCUUGAUUUCUUCAAUCACCUAUUUAAGGGCUUUUGCUGCAUAAGUGCUCGAGGCAUUUCAUUGAGAUACAAAAUGGUCCUCAAAUGCUGUUUAUGCUUUUCAAUGUUCAGGACUUUGUGCUCGUUGUUUCUGGAUCAUUGCCUUUUGUUAAGCUUUUUAUUGUGUUUGGUUCUUCUGUCCGUAAUUAGAUCUGUUAGCGUAGAGAUUCCAUAUCUCUAGAAUAGGUUUUUAAGGUUCAUCAUGACUAGCGGGCAUGUGCCAAUUUUGCAUCUGGUUCAUCGAAUGGUUUCUACGACCUAACUUUGAGAGAAAUAAUUCUUAGCUGUCAUAGCAUGUGUCAGCUUUUGGUCGACAAGGAGACUCUGCAGAGUAUAUGGCGAGGUAUUUGAUGCUUUCAAGCUUUUUUAUCUGGAUUUCCAGGGAAGGAUAAAGUAUUAAAAUCCAGCUGGCCUGACAAGCAGCUCCUACGACCAUUCUUGCAAAAAUUGUUGAAAAUCCUCCUCCCUCUUCCUCCAUAGUUGCCAGCAUUCAGCUUUAGUACCCUUGCACAGGGAAAUGUUAGACACGAUUAGAAAGCCCUACAGUUUUGAUUAGAUUUCAUUCUUGGUCUUUCUGGUUAAUCCUACUGGUUGGUUGCCAUAUUAGGCCUUCUUAAUCCAUUUCAGCCAGUAAAAAUGUUUCCAAGGGGUUCAGCCAGAACGACAGAAGUUCCAACAAUUCAGUUCCCCAACCCACAAAGUAGACCUACUCUCUUAAAUGAUAAUUCUCAAGCUGGUUGUUUUCUGUAUGCAUUCUAUCAUCCAUCAGACUAUACAGACUAGCAAUCUGAUACAGUGGCGAGUCCCAGAUAUUCCUGAUAAGUGUAGACCAUCUUUAUCAGUGAUACAGUUAUAGCAUAUCUCUCGUAGGUUUCUUUAAAAGAUAGUUUUUGUUCUUUUUGGACAUCGUUCAAGAGUAUUAUUUGGAAGACUGCCAGGGUUCUCAAUUUCCCAAGGAUCAAUACUCUCCCAAGGGUUCAAGAGUAUUAUUCAGGCUCAUCCGACUCGUCUAAAAGAGACAAGUUCAGUCUCUGUCAAUAACUUGUAUUACGAUGGAGAUCAACAGUUAACAUUAAGUUUGCAAAGUUGAUUGUAGCCCUAAUUAUUAAGCUCUAGGCCUAGUUCUCACCAACUAAAGACUUGUCCACUUGCAAGCAGAGUUGUUGGCUCUCUUCUGGGGCCUCUAUUUCUUCCAU